GCUGGAGUGUGGUGUCUCGCCGCCUCCGUCGCUCCCUCUCUGGCGGGGCACCUGCUGCUGCUGCUGCUGCCGGCGCAGAGGGCGCGCAGGCCGGGGGCGGUCGGGACCAGGCGGUGGCCGGCCGAAGAGGAGCCGCUGUCUGCAGGUCGCCUGGCCGACAGUCGCGGCGACGCACCUGGGGCGGAGAAUCAGCUGGAGGAGGCAAGGAUAGGCCCAGGAGUAAUGGAGUCCAAAGAAGAACAAGCAGUGAAACAUCUCAAUGUGAAAAAUGCUGUAAAAGACAACGAAGGAGGGGAGAUAGCCUCCAUGCAAAAUGAAGAAGAAUCUCACCACUUGGGAGGGGUAGAAAGACAGAAACCUCAGGGAAAUGUCGGGCUAGGACGAGUCAGACGACUUGUCCCUAAUUUUCAAUGGGCUAUACUUAAUAGCCGUGUUGAACACCAUGAAGUAGGAGAUAAUGUAGGAAGGUUUGUAGGGCAGGUGGUGAAAAUCAAGAGAAAGACUAGAGAGCCACAGAUGAGGCCUUACAUGUGCUUCCAAACACGAGAACCUGACAAUCAUCAUGACUUUUGCCUCAUGCCUUGAAACCUAAGGUUUUCCCUGAAACUCAUGAAGUGACUGCUGAUUUGCAAGCUUGUGUCUUAGUAAUUUACUUUGGAAACUUUCUGUUUCCCUUAAGAGCUUCUGGGAGAAAAACUUUGUUGUUUCUUUCUAACAGUUACAGUCAGCGGGGCAGCUUUAUCUACCUUAGAGAAAAUACUCAUCAUUUGAACUUAAUAAAGUGGUUUAAAACCAAUACAUAUUCGUCA